UGGGAGUGAAGCUCGGAGCUGAGAGUGCACGGCGCUGCCCAUCCUACUCCUUCUGUGCGGCGAUAGAAGGGCUCAUUUGGAGAACAAGACAGAUAGCAAUAUCCAAAGGGAGGGGGAUGCGCGCAUGUGACAGGCUUUGGACGUUUCCAUUUAUACCAGCCGAACAGGGAAUUGAAUCUCUCCACUGGGUGCUGCGUUUUUAAAAAUCACUUGCGACUGGCAGUUUCAAACAUUUGCACAUCUUGUUCGUCGCCAGCGGAUCGUCACCGCACGAUGCGAGCAGGAGAGACGCGCCCUGUGCCAUGCUGAACAACUGUCCGACUCUCCUGCUGGCUCUGACCGCCGUGGCCGCACUGCUCCCGCGAUGUCAAGGCUGGAGCGACGAAGACCUCCUCCUACCGCCCAUCAACUCCUCCAACAGGUUCCUGGCGAACCUGGAGGUGGACGUGCGCUUCUCCAAAAGGUCUGUGGAGGAAAGCGACGCCUCGUCCGACGCCUCCUCCAUGCAGAGUCUGUCCCAGUGCAACGUGAGCGUCCAGAGACUCCUGCCCACGUCGCUGGUGGCCCGCUGGGACAGCAGCUUUGGCUUCCAGUGUGAUGUUAUCAUCUACACCACCAACAACCACGGCAGGGCUUUUUUCUCUGCGUCGUUCAACAGGGCGAUCUCGCCGGUUGUCAUCGAGCACCUCGGGGUCACCGGGGGUCAGCAGGAGCUGCGCCUGUGCGUGGGCUGCGGGAUGUCCCGGUACCGGAGGUUCGGUCAGGGUAGGUCGAGGGGCCAGCAGACCGGGGAUCAGGUCACUUUCUGCUGUGUGGAUUUCAGCCUCGAUGAGCUGAAGGGCGACAAAAGUUGGAGGUUGAACAGAAAGCCCAUCGAGUCGACACUUGUGGCUUGUUUUAUGACUUUGGUCAUCAUUGUGUGGAGUGUUGCUGCUCUCAUAUGGCCAGUGCCGAUCAUUGCAGGAUUUCUGCCUAAUGGGAUGGAGCAGAGGAGACCGAGAUAACUGAAAUAACCUUCAUUAUAUUUAUAGCCUGUGCUGCCUAUACUAUAAUUGUAGCCAUUGAACUGUAUGAAUGAAUGAUUGCUGAGGAACUUUUUGAUGAAAUGCUUUAGUCUUGGGUGUUCUUAGACCUCCUCCUCUUCCUCUUUAGGACAACCGAGGUAAAGUAUGAAGGGUUAUUAUAUACUAGCCAAUAUUAAUCUAUACUGGGACCAACACCAAUGUGUUUUGUAUACCCUUGUAGGCCUUCCUAUGUCUGCGUAAACUGUGCAAACUUUUCUCUUUAAACGGUGUUUGUAUAGUUUUUAAUCUUUCUAGAAAGUUUUUUGCCUUAUUCCAUGUGUAGGACUUUUGCACUGAAAACUGAACUUUAAAGUGUGCUGUCUCAUAAACUAUAUAACCAACAGUCAUACGCAUUAAGAAGUAAAUGUGAUACUUUCUCGAUUAAAAUACUUAAAAAAUAAUAGAUGUUGUUUAUGAUUGGCAAAGAGAGUUUCAGUACUUAUAUUGUUAGAUUUCUAAUGUCAAGUUGAAUAAACGUGGUUAUUUGUAUUAAUGUUCUAACGGUUUAAAUACAA